UCACGCAUCACUAUACGACGAACUUUCGAGUCGAUCCAACGUACAGACAAACACAUUAUGAUUAUUAUAUUUUUAUAUUGAUAAAUUUAUUUAAUAUCGAUAUAUUUUAUUUUUAAUAAACUCUUUCAUGGUUAUGUGAUACUAGUGCUUUUCUUAUUUCUGUAAAAAUUUUGGUGAAAUAAUCGAAUAAUGCAGCUCACGGACGUCUUUUGUUAUAUUUUACUGGCGAUAACAAUAUGUACGUCCUACGUCCAAGCUGAACAAGAACAAAAUGGACUCUCAAAAAGCAAAUCAGACAAACGGAUAUCUAAGAGGGAAGCAGCAAUAUUCAUUGACAGCUAUCCCAUGGAGCCAAUGUACAAGCACAGACCUAAAGUGAUCUUCAGACGUGUCUCUAAACAGAGAUACAAGAGUCCAAAACCAAAGUAUGGCCCACCCAUCAAAUAUCGACAAGUCAAACCGUGGACACCAUCCAAAAAAUAUAGAAGAACUGUGAAACCUAAAUACGGUCCACCGAUUUAUAAAAGGUAUCCAACUAAACCAAAAUAUGGACCGCCAAAGGCAAGUUAUAAGCCUAUCUAUGGUCCGCCUAAAAAAAUGCCUUUCGGUUCGUUUUAUCCACCAGAACCAAUAGGAUUCGGAGAACCACCCAUCAACAAUGUGGAGUAUCAACCACCAAGACAAAGCUUCGGUGAACCACCCGUAGAUUCGUACGGUGAACCUGUAAAUGCAGCUGUAAAUGAUCCUUAUAUACCUGAACAAUAUUCGCCACAAAUAUCCAAUUACCCAGAUAUAUUCGCCCAAUUCGGCGAUUUCGGUCAAAAUUUUGGUCAAGAUUACAAAUCAUGGCAGAGUUUCCAAAACGACCAGAACUUGAACUUUGAUAACAGCGUUGCGUAUUCAAAAAGACGUCCGAUCUAUGUUAAACCAGACCAAUCCUUUGUAACACAGAAUGAAGAUUUCGAUUUGAACGCGUAUAAGUUACAUUCACUGAAAUACAAGAAUAAAGAAGUUAAAACGGAACAAGAACCAUUACCGUUCGAGAAGAAGAUUUCCAAUUAUGCAAAUAAGAGAACAACAGCUAAGCCGCGAAGAUCAUCAAAAACGACCACCCCAGAACCUGAAGAAGAGGAAGUGUUAGUCGGAGGCCGCUAUGCAGAACCACCGGAAAGAUAUGUACCGAAGCAACCAAUUGCUCAGUAUUCAGAUGAUAAUGAUUUUACACCAUUAAGAGGUUACAUAGAUCCUAACGUAGCUAUAUCAGCAACAAUGUCUCCCUAUGUUAAUUAUAAAAACAGCAAUAUGGCUUUCAGUCCACAAAAUUUGAAUGAUGCAUUUAGUAUAGUUGAUAAGUAGUUUAUUAAUUUUAAAUUUUUAGGAUGUUUAAUAAAUACUAGGUAGGGUUUGUGCUAAUUUAUUUAUUCUUAUUGGUAUUGGUACAAAAGAAAGCAGAUUAUGUAUACAUCGACCGCCUUCUAAUUUUUGAUAAAUUAUUGUGUCCAAAGGUUAUAAAUUAUUUGUAUAGUUUUGAUUAAGUAGUUUUCAAUGAAAUUGUUGUUAUAUUUAAGUUUUAAAGAUAAAAGUUGAUAUUAUAUGCAAAGUUGCACAUGAAAUAAAAAUAA